CAGCAUAUAUAGAAAUCUUAAUUGCUUUCUUUAAUUACCUUUUUAAUGGCUGAAAUAUCAUCAUUUGUAGCCCAAUUACAUUCUUCUCUGCCUGAUUUGGGAGUUUCCCCAAUUUAUUCCAAUAAAUUUUCUCAAAUUUUUUUAGACCAGCAUCAUGUUGAUUCUUAUUCAGCUUCUGAUGAUGAAAUUCCCACAGUUGAUUACUCUCUACUGCUCUCAGAUGACUCUGAUCAGAAACUCAUUGCUCUUGAAUACCUCCGCCGUGCAUGCCAAGAAUAUGGUUUCUUUUACCUGGUAAACCAUACCAUCCCAGAUAAAGUAUUUGACUGUGUUUUGAAUGAGGUUUCUGAUUUCUUUGAUCCAACAACAAUUGAAGACAGAAAGAUCUACUGUAAAAGGGGCUCACCAGAUAAAAUCCGAUGGGAUCUAAACUCCAGUGCUGAAGAAAACAGGGAAUAUCUCAAGAUUGUUUCUCAUCCUGAAUACCACGUUCCUUCCAACCCAUCAAAUCUAAGCAAAAGUUUGGAAGAAUAUUCCAAAGAAAUGAGAAAGAUAGUAGGUGGAUUGGCAAGGGCAGUGUCAAAAACCUUAGGGUUUGAAGAAGCAUACAUAGAAAAGGCAUUCAACUUGAACUCAGGGUUUGAUGUAAUGGCCAUGAAUCUUUACCCACCAAAUUCUAGAUCCAAGAGUGCUGUUGGUAUUCCUGAACACACUGAUCCUGGCUUUGUAGUUACCCUCAUGCAAGAUGUAAAUGGUGGUCUACAAAUCCUAUCACAUAAAGGAAAGUGGAUCAAUGUUUAUAUUCCUAGUCGCGGCAUACUCAUCCAACUUGGUGAUCAUCUUGAGAUCUUAACCAAUGGGAAAUAUAAAAGUCAUAUUCAUCGAGUUAUUGUUGACAACAAUAAGGUGCAAAGGUUCUCUGUCGUCACCCUUCAUGGACCUUCGUUGGACAAAAUUGUUAGCCCGGGUAUAGAAUUUGUUGAUGAUGAAAACCCUCAAAAAUACUGUGGGAAGACCUAUAAAGAUUCCCUGGAAGCAAAUGGGGGCCAUCUGAUCGAUGUGGAGUCAUCCCUUCAGCAACUUAGGCUUGCAUAAAAAUUUUAAUUAUAGAAUAUUGCUAAGUUUUAUUAGGUUGAAAUUUACGUGAGGUCCACUAAUAAUAUUAUGAGUCUUAUUUCCAAAUUAGUGUGAUUCACAUAAAUUUUAACUAACGAAUAAGAGAGUGUUAUUCACACUUCUCAAUUUUUUUCUCCUUGUAUGUUAUGUUUUUUGUCCAUGUGAGCACCUAUGUUAUACUAGAAUUCAGUUUA